UCUUCUUCUCCUCUCCAUUUUUUAUAGUAUCUAAAAAGAAAAAAUUACACAAACUUCUCCAGUUCAUUCGAGGCAUCUUUUCCCGAUGAAGACUAAAUUCAUCACUCGUGGCAUGCAAGAAUAUGACUAGGAUUUACAUCUCAGGAUUCAGGAACAUGGGGAAAGUAUAAUUACACGUUUAUGAGAUUUGGGUAAAGAACGAGACAAAAAAGAAACCACCAUCUUAGGCAGUUAGUCAAUCUGAAUACAAUAAUUGCCUUCUACAAUGUUCCCCUUUCUUCUUCUUCUCCUUUCCUUUAUCACUUUCAGUUCACAACCAUUUUCAGCAACUUCAGAUACCAUCUAUGACAAUUUUGCAUAUUGUCUAACAAGAAACGGAAUCCCAAGUAACCAGAUCUCUAAAAUUCUGUAUAGCCCAUCAAACGCUUCAUUCAGUUCUGUUUUAGAUGCCUAUGUUCGAAACAAGAGGCUCAACACUCCAACUACUCGAAAACCAUCCAUAAUUGUCACACCCUUGCAAGUUCAACAUAUCCAAGCUGCCAUUCUGUGCACUAAAGGAACAGGGCUGCAACUAAAUAUCCGAAGCGGCGGUCAUGAUUUUGAAGGACUUUCAUAUGUUUCCGAUGUCCCUUUCAUCAUUCUUGACCUGUUUAAUCUGAGGUCCAUUAAUGUUGAUACUGCAACUGAAACUGCUUGGGUACAAGCCGGCGCGACGCUUGGGGAACUGUACUACAGAAUUUGGGAGAAGAGUAAUAUACUUGGAUUUCCGGCUGGACUUUGCCCAACCGUUGGAGUUGGUGGACACAUAAGUGGUGGUGGCUACGGUUCACUGUUGCGAAGAUACGGCCUGACGGUGGAUAAUGUUCUUGAUGCACAGAUUAUCGAUGUUAACGGCCGGGUUUUGGAUAGAAAAGCAAUGGGAGAAGAUCUGUUUUGGGCUAUUAGAGGUGGUGGUGGUGCUAGUUUUGGUGUUGUUUUGGCAUAUAGAAUCAGGUUAGUCAGAGUGCCUGAAAUUCACACUGUUUUUAAUGUGCAGAAGACUGAGGCAGAGAAUGCAACAGAUGUUCUUUACAAAUGGCAAAAUGUUGCUGACAAAAUUAACAACGAUCUGUUUAUUAGAGUUCUUGUGCAGCCCAUUACUGGAAAAGUAAAGGGUCAGAAAAUCAUUAGAUUGACAUUCAUGGGACAUUUCCUUGGAGAUGCAAACAGAUUGAUCUCUGUUAUGAAUACUGGAUUUCCUGAACUGGGAUUGAAGAGAAGUGAUUGUUUGGAAACAAGUUGGAUUGAUACGAUGCUCUGGUGGUAUAACUACAAGAUUGGGACAGCAAAGGAAGUACUAUUGAGCAGGGCUUAUGAUCAAUUGAUCUUCUUGAAGAGAAAGUCAGAUUAUGUACAGAACCCCAUUCCUAAAGAUGGAUUAGUAUCACUGUUCAAGAAAAUGGUUCAGCUUGGAAAAACAGGACUUGUUUUCAAUCCUUAUGGUGGAAGAAUGAGCGAAAUUCCUGAGAAUGAAACACCAUUUCCUCAUAGGGCAGGGAUCAUUUUCAAGAUUCAGUAUUCAGUAAAUUGGGAAGAUGCAGAUCCUAAUUUAAUCAAUCAAUAUGUGGGGGAAGCAAGAAAUUUGUACAGUUUCAUGACCCCUUUUGUGUCAAAGAAUCCCAGGCAGGCUUUUCUCAAUUAUAGGGACCUUGAUAUUGGAACCACCGACAACGGUAAGAAUAGUUACAAUGAAGGACAAGUUUAUGGGGUCAAGUAUUUCAAGAAUAAUUUUGAUAGAUUGGUGAAGGUGAAGACUAUGGUGGAUCCACAAAAUUUCUUCAGGAAUGAGCAGAGCAUCCCUACUUUGAACCUUCAGACCUCUAAAGGGAGGAAGGGAAGAAAGUAAAGAGCAACAAAUGAUAAUCGCUCAUAUAUUAAUGAUUAUCAAGUAGCACAGGUGCCUUAUCCUCUCAAUGGUUUUAGUAUAAAAUGUCAUGUUAAUGAUUGGAUAUUGUGAGCAUUACUUUUCCAGCAAUUAUAAUACCGAAUGGUUUGUUGUGCAUUAAAGAGGCAAAA